ACCGACAAGAUGGCGGCGGGUGGGAGCGGCGGGCGCGCGUCGUGCCCGCCGGGGGUCGGCCCGGGCGCGGGGGGCGGCCCCGGGCCCAGCGCCAACGCCGCCCCGGCCCUCGGCAACGCGGCCGCCGCCGCCGCCGCCGCCCCGGCCCCCGCCGCCCCCGGGCCGCCCCCGCCGGUGUCGGGGCCGGGGCCGGGCGUGCAGGCCGCUGCGGGCGGGGAGCGGGCGGCCGAGGAGCCGGGGGCGGGGGCGCUGCUGCGCGAGCCCGUCUACAACUGGCAGGCCACCAAGCCCACGGUGAAGGAGCGCUUCGCCUUCCUCUUCAACAACGAGGUGCUCUGCGACGUGCACUUCCUGGUGGGCAAGGGGCUCGGCGCGCAGCGCAUCCCGGCGCACAGGUUCGUGCUGGCCGUGGGCAGUGCCGUCUUUGAUGCCAUGUUCAACGGGGGAAUGGCCACCACGUCCACCGAGAUCGAGCUGCCGGACGUGGAGCCCGCUGCCUUCCUGGCACUGCUCAAGUUUCUCUACUCGGACGAGGUUCAGAUCGGGCCUGAGACAGUCAUGACCACGCUGUACACCGCCAAGAAGUACGCGGUGCCCGCGCUCGAGGCCCACUGCGUGGAGUUCCUGAAGAAGAACCUGCGCGCGGACAACGCGUUCAUGCUGCUGACGCAGGCGAGGCUUUUCGACGAACCGCAGCUCGCCAGCCUGUGCCUGGAAAACAUCGACAAGAACACGGCCGACGCCAUCACUGCAGAGGGCUUCACAGACAUCGACCUGGACACGCUGGUGGCCGUGCUGGAGCGGGACACCCUGGGCAUCCGCGAGGUGCGCUUGUUCAAUGCUGUCGUCCGCUGGUCUGAGGCCGAGUGUCAGCGGCAGCAGUUGCAGGUGACGCCCGAGAACAAGCGGAAGGUUCUGGGCAAGGCGCUGGCCCUCAUCCGCUUCCCGCUGAUGACCAUCGAGGAGUUUGCUGCAGGGCCCGCACAGUCGGGCAUCCUGGUGGACCGCGAGGUGGUCAGCCUCUUCCUGCACUUCACCGUCAACCCCAAGCCGCGCGUGGACUUCAUUGACCGUCCGCGCUGCUGCCUCCGCGGGAAGGAGUGCAGCGUCAACCGCUUCCAGCAGGUGGAGAGCCGCUGGGGCUACAGCGGCACGAGCGACCGCAUCAGGUUCUCCGUCAACAAGCGCAUCUUCGUGGUCGGCUUUGGGCUCUACGGCUCAAUCCACGGCCCCACCGACUACCAAGUGAACAUCCAGAUCAUCCACACAGACAGCAACACGGCCCUGGGCCAGAAUGACACGGGUUUCAGCUGUGACGGCUCUGCCAGCACCUUCCGAGUCAUGUUCAAGGAGCCGGUGGAGGUGCUGCCCAACGUCAACUACACAGCCUGCGCCACGCUCAAGGGCCCGGACUCCCACUAUGGCACCAAGGGCCUGCGCAAGGUCACCCACGAGUCGCCCACGACCGGGGCCAAGACGUGCUUCACCUUCUGCUACGCGGCCGGCAACAACAACGGCACGUCCGUGGAGGACGGGCAGAUCCCCGAGGUCAUCUUCUACACCUAGGCCGCCCCGCGC